CCCUCCCUUCCCCCCUUCCUUUCCCCUUUCUUCGCCAUCCCAUCCUUCCCUCCAUCCUUUCUCCUACCUCCCUUCCCCGGCCUAGACGAUGCCGUGGUGGAGACAGCGGAGGAGGCCACGGAGCCCGCCGAGGCGGACAUCACGGGGCUGUGCCAGGACAUGUUCUCCAAAAUGGCCACGUACCUGACGGGCGAGCUCACAGCUACCAGUGAAGACUAUAAACUUCUGGAAAAUAUGAACAAACUGACUAGCUUGAAGUAUCUAGAAAUGAAAGAUAUUGCAGUAAACAUAAGUAGAAACCUAAAGGACUUAAACCAGAAAUAUGCAGCACUUCAGCCUUAUCUGGAUCAGAUCACUCUAAUUGAGGAGCAAGUAGCAGCUCUUGAGCAGGCAGCUUACAAAUUGGAUGCAUAUUCAAAGAAACUAGAAGCAAAGUACAAGAAGUUAGAGAGGCGAUGA